CAAUUUGAAAUAGUUAUUCUAAUUAAUAAGAUCAUCUCACCUAUCCUUUAAAAAUGUCGCCUUCACCCAAUUCCAAUUUGGAUUUGAAAAACGAAUUUGAUGUAGUGUGUCCGACUUGCGGAGAAAAGGUUUACAAUGCCGAGAAAGUGAUUUUCAUGAAGCGUUUGUGGCAUAGAAAUUGCCUGCGUUGUUACAAAUGCAAUAAAGUCCUCGAGGCAGUGAAGGCUUACGUAGAUGAAGGCAAACCCUACUGCCCAAAGCCUUGCUAUUACAAUCGAGUGUUAACUAAAGGAUAUUGUCGGCCAUCUUAUUCAUGAAUUCCUUCAUUUCCAGUUCAUCCAAGCAAUAAAUACGAAAUUUAAAAUGUUUCUGUUGCUAGUCGUACUCAAUAGUUAUUCUCUAAAUUAAAUAAUCAUGUGAAAUAAUAAGCCUCAUUUCACUGCAAACCUUUUGAUGGUUCGUAAUUACCCAUUUUAGCAUUUUG